GCGCGCACAGCAUUCACCAGCCUGACGCUCAUCCAGUGCAUUCAACCGCACCACCGUCAACACACAUUUACGUUUACGUCUUUGUUGAAGAUGAAGUUUAUGAGGAAGGUGUGCUGCUUUCUGCUCUGUUGUGUUUUUGAAGUGAGCGUUGCGCGUCGGACCGAAGAAGCGGAGACCUUGGAGAAGAUUGAAAGCGCGCGCUGCGUCUCGCGCUGUCUGACGCUACACAUCACACAGAUCACCGCGUUAUUCAAACACCUGCAGAAUGACCAUGUGCUGGACUGGUGCAAGGACCACAGGAGAUGUUCACAGUGCCUACAACCAUGCAAGGAAUUAUGGGAAACGAGACGAGCCCUGUCUCCCAAGACGUGCGAGAAGCAUCAUGAGUGCGUGACCAGUGCAGAGUUUCUGCGCUCACUGCGGUCACAGAAGCAGGGCGACUGUCCUCCGGCUCAACGGGCAUCUGGAUUCGCUGCAGCUUGUGUGGAGGGAUGUGCGGUUGACCAUGAGUGCUCCAGCUUCAAGAAAUGCUGCUCAAAUGGCUGUGGACACACCUGCCAGUCCCCGGUCAACCUUUACAGAGGAGUGCCUAUGAAGCCAAGAAGAGACAUUUCCUUUUCCGAGGACCAGCACGGACAUCUGAAGGUGACGUGGAUGUCCAAGUUUAAUGUCUCUGUUGAGCCAGUUCUGUAUAUUCUUCAGAGGAGGUGGAAUCAUGGGAUUCACCCCAGCGAGGAUGAUGCGUCACCCUGGCACACCAUUCUCAUGACCAUGGAGGACCGCUCCGUGUUGAAGGACAUCCGGCCCCACAGGUGGUACCAGUUUCGAGUUAGUGCAGUCAACAGUCAGGGUACUAGAGGCUUCACCACCCCCAGCAAGCAUUUCUUUUCUGUACGAGAUCCUUUUCCCCCAGAGACCCCACAGAAUGCCAGAAUAGGGAACCAGACCGUUCUUUCUGACGGCACGGUGAGUGUUCUGGUCCUGUGGGAGGCCCCCGGGGAGAGCGACUUGGUGGUCCAUCAUUACAAGGUGACCUGGAGCACUCGAGGAACAACCCCAACCAGCCAGAGCCGGGCUGGACGGGUCACAGAUGGGGAUGUAACCCAGAUGGAGCUUCAGGGUCUACAGCCCAACACACACUACACUGCACAGAUUCAGGCUGUCUCUUACUGGGGUCAGAAUCGACUCAAGAGCAGUCGAGCACAUCUCACCUUCAUCACUACUGCAGCCACCACUUCCUCGAAUGAGAAUGUCCACCUUUCCAAAGAGUUCUCCAAUGAGAUUCCCGUAUCCCAUUCCUCUCCCAGUAUCCUGAGGCUGGAAGCGGCCGCCCCUCAUUAUCACGACAACCAGCUGCAGGUCAAGGUCUUCUGGAAAAGCCAAAUCACAGAAAGCCAAAAGGAUUACAGUUCAUAUGUUCUGAGAUGGUAUCCUGAAGUUUGUGCCCAUAAUGUGACGAAAAGCGAAAAAACAGCCACAGUUCAGGGAACACAUUUUGUGAUUACUGGCCUGCUUUUUGCCUGUAAGUACUGUGUGGCAGUGAAGCCUGUUAUGGGACAAGAGCAGGGGUCAGAGGUCAUGACCUCUAUUACCACCCCACUUUGCUCAUCGCUGAUGGGCCGACGGAAAAAACCUGCUGCUUGUGCCAGAGAUGUGCAACGUGUUGUUUUAGAGCGCCCUCCUCAGGUCAAGAAGGCCCUGCAAAGGCCGGAGAAGCUGGCAGCUUGGUUUCAGUCGGUGAACGGCUCAGUGCAGGCUGUCUUUAGCUGGCAGGUGUCAACGGAGAGCACAGGGCAGACGCCCAUCACUGGAUUCCAGCUCUCUUGGGUCAAAGUGUCCCACAGCACCACUAACGGCUCACUUGUCUCCCAAACACACAUCCUGCCCCCCGACCAACGCUCUCUAACUGUAAAUGCGCUGCAGCCCGAGAGCCAGUACAGAGUUCAAGUGCAGGUCCUGUCUGCAGCUGGACACGGGCCCUCUGUGUCUAAGACCCUCCACACUCCUCACCUACACGGCACAGUCCUCUGAGAUUGAGUAAAGAAGUGAGGAUUCAAGCUACUCAUAUGAUACAGUGCUUGUGUUGUUCCUCAUUUGGAGAGAUGUGUCUGUUAAAGGACUAAAUCUAAAGCACUCUUCAUCAUCAAAGAGACAGUGUUUGCUGUUAUGGAGUCGAUGAGCACUCACAGCAUACAAGAGUGAUCACAGAAGAAAACAACACAGAAGUGAAGUGCUUUAGAUUGGUGUACUGUAAUAUAUGAAUGUUAAAUAACCGCAUUAUGCUUUUCUUCUGUAAAAAUGAGAAGCACUGAUGUAUUUAGUAUGUAGUUGCAUAUAGUUAUGCACCACUUAAUUUUAUUAACAUUUGUUUUUCAUACAGAAUUUUAAUGUGCUUUUUACUCAGUAUGAGUGUCUUAAAAACUUGUGAAACCCCAUGUGAAAAAAUACUAUACAAUACUAUAUAAUGUAUAGUAAAUACGAUAGUGUUUUUGAAACAUACUAUAGUAAAGUGUAUUAUACUGUAUAUAUUAUAGUGUUUACAACACUUUGUAAAUGAAUGCUACAGCAUACUGUAGUAUUAACUAUAUUGAACUGAUAAUAAAUACUGUAGUAUAUUUGAGUUUUUACUACAGUAAACUGUAGUGUAUGAUGUACCCUAUAGUAGAAAAGUAGUAGGUAAUUUGUUUAUUUUAUUAUAGUUUUAAUAUUACCAAAGGAACUAUAGAAUUACCACAACACAUUUGCUAUAGUAUGGUUCACAAAACAAAAAUAUUUACUAUAAAUUACUAUAGUAUUUUUUUUUAUUCUUGGGUAAAUUGGUAUUAUUUUACAUUACACUGAUUAAUUUAGAAGACACUUUUUUUCAAAAAUGCAUACAUCAUAUAUAUUUGAUCACAUUUCCUCUGUUAGAAUCAAACUCAUGAUCAGCGAAGUUCAUUUUGCGAACAGUUUACACAGAUACAAUUCUUUCUUCUCAUGAUUUAUGAAUAAUGCCUAAUAUAAAUAUUUCUAAUUGAACAAGUAAUGUAAUAUAGUACAUUUCAGCACUACUUUUCUAACCUGGUUAUCAACUAUGUCCGGAAUUAAUCUCAGAUUACGCAUGUCUGGUUUUAUUUAUUGUGAAUAUAAUUCAUUAAUCUCAAGCAAAACAAGUUUAAGACUAAACUUUCUAUGACAAAUCGUGAGAUAUGUGCCUUAUACUGUAUCAGUUAUAUCAGGCUAGAUCAGAUUGAUUUAUUGCAACUUGUCUCUGCGUUAACUGUCCGUCUGUCUUUACUAAUCACUCAAAGCAUGCAAACAACAAAUGAGCUGAGAUACUGCUGCUUUAAUAAGCCACGUUUUCAUGAAUUUUGAUGUAUCUUUGUACAAUACAGCAUACAGUUUUUGUAAAUAUUGAAUUUGAUGUAUUAUCUAUGGUUUGUUGACAUUACUAAUACACUAGGCUAAAUGUAGCUCCA